ACCAGCUUCAAAUACAUACAUAUCAUUUCUCGUCACUGAUACCAAACUCUAGCUUGCUUCUUUUUCACAAACUUAAUUGUCAACAAAAUCCAUACCAAACACAUAUAUAUUCUCCUAUAUAUCCUUAUGAUCAUGGCUUGUUCGGAAGUCUCCAAGGUUAUUAGCAUUCUUUAGUCAUAUCGAUCAUGUAGGGAUUUCGAAUCUCCUGUCGGGUCGGGGUGGGGAGCCUUGGGGUUGUGCAUUCAACCUUUUGGACCAAGAUCAUAUCGGGAUUUACCCAAGCGUUAACUUCACGUCGUCGGGAUGUCGGGAUUGUUCAUACGAAAUAGUAUGAACACCCGCAUCCCCAAAAAAAUUAUUACCUCUCAUCAUUAUAAGUUACUUGACUUAUCAAAUAUUUUAAAUGAACUUGAAAAACACAGGCCGGAGCACUGAUGAUGAAUGGUGGUUAUCAAGAAGAGGAGCGGACUGGGGAUGGAACAGUGAACUUGCAUGGCCGGCCAGCUAUCCGACACCGGACCGGCCAGUGGUUCGCCGGAAUGAUCAUUCUCGUGAAUCAAGGUCUAGCUACACUUGCAUUCUUUGGUGUUGGCGUUAACCUAGUUUUGUUCCUAACAAGAGUGAUGGGUGAGAAAAAUGCGGAUGCCGCCAAUAGUGUAAGCAAAUGGACUGGCACAGUUUAUAUCUUUUCUCUCCUUGGUGCAUUUCUGAGUGACUCAUACUGGGGAAGGUACAAAACUUGUGCAAUAUUCCAGAUCAUCUAUGUUAUUGGAUUGGCCUUAUUGUCUGUGACAUCUCAACUCUACUUGCUCAAACCCAAAGGUUGUGGAGAUAAAGAAACUCGGUGUGGGUUUCAUUCCAACUGGGCGAUUGGUCUAUUCUAUCUCUCCAUCUACUUGGUGGCUCUAGGAAAUGGAGGGUACCAACCAAACAUAGCCACAUUCGGGGCAGACCAAUUCGACGAUGAGAAUCCAAAAGAGAGACACUCAAAACUGGCAUUUUUCAGCUACUUCUACCUGGCUUUGAACCUUGGUUCCCUCUUCUCCAAUACCAUCCUAGACUACUUUGAGGAUGAAGGAAUGUGGGCUCUUGGGUUUUGGGCGUCCACUGCCUCAGCUUUCACUGCAUUGUUGCUCUUUCUCGCCGGGACAACAAAGUAUAGGUACUACAAGCGUAAGGGCAAUCCUCUUUCCAGAUUUUGUCAAGUCCUUGUUGCUGCAUCAAAGAAGUGGACGACAGAAAUGCCAAGUGAAGAAGAUUUAUUUGAAGCUGAUCCGCCGGAGAAUGGUUCAAGAAAGAUAAUGCUGCACACCCAAGGUUUCAGAUUCUUGGACCGAGCAGCGGUCAUAACACCAAAGGAUGUUGAGAAGAAAAAGCAGAAUCCAUGGCACCUCUGCCCAAUCUCACAAGUUGAGGAGGUAAAGUGCAUUCUGAGGCUGUUACCUAUAUGGCUAUGCACUAUAGUCUAUUCAGUUGUUUUCACCCAAAUGGCCUCUCUCUUCGUGGAGCAAGGGGAUGCCAUGGAAACAAAGAUCUCAAACUUCAGAAUCCCCGCAGCAAGCAUGUCAAGCUUCGACAUCUGCAGUGUCGCUGUCUGCAUAUUCAUAUACCGGAGGCUCCUUGACCCACUCAUCGGGAGGCUAAAGCGGAGCCCUUUGAGAGGUGAAUCCAAAGGGAUCACUCAGCUUGAAAGGAUGGGAGUGGGGCUCGUCAUAGCAGUAAUGGCCAUGCUUUCCGCUGGGAUCGUGGAAUGUUAUAGGCUCAAGUAUGCUAUUAAAGAGUGCGUCGACUGUGAAGGCAUGAGCUCCUUGAGCAUACUGUGGCAAAUCCCUCAGUACGCACUGAUUGGUGCUUCCGAAGUCUUCAUGUACGUCGGGCAGCUCGAGUUUUUCAACGAACAGACGCCAGAAGGGCUGAAAAGCUUCGGGAGCGCACUCUGUAUGACAUCAAUAUCACUCGGAAACUACGUUAGCAGUCUGCUAGUGAGCAUGAUAAUGAAAUUUUCGGCUAAGGAUAGAAUGCCUGGUUGGAUUCCUGGGAACCUUAAUAGAGGACAUCUAGACAGGUUUUACUUUUUGCUAGCUGGUCUGACAAUCAUGGAUUUAGUAGCAUAUAUUAUGUGUGCAAAGUGGUACAAGUCUGCAAGGCUUGGAGUUCAUAAAUUUGAGAAAGGUGGUGAUGAGGAAAAGGAUUGUCAUUUAGUUUAGUAAUAACUAAGGUAAACUAUGUACCUUGUACAGAAAACGGCAAUACAAUUGUUAUGGAUGGAACCGUCAGUCUGAAUAAGAGACAUUGUACAUCUCCCCCCAAAACUUACCAUUAUGAAUUUGUUUAACUUCCUGC